AGGUCACUCAUCAUCAACACGUAUGUGACGUAUGGGUGAGGGUGAGGGUAAUAUAUGAGGGAGAGGCCUAUAUAAGAACUACAUAUUGGUAACACAGAAUACACAUCAAAUUAUUAUAAACUUGGUAGCUAUUAGAUAAUAUAUAGUUAUAAUGUCAAGAAUAAUAAUGCCAGUGUUGCUCUUUGUAGCCACUCUAGUGGCUAGCGCCUAUGGUUCAUCAUAUUAUCCUCUUAUAACGAACGAAAUUCACCUCAUCAGGCCCAAGUCCGGGUCAGGUGGCACCCCCGUGAACGGAUUGUCUUGCCUUAGUUGGCGAUUUGGUGUGGAAACGAACAACAUAAUCAACUGGAAAACCGUUCCAUUGUCAUGUGAGGACUACAUAGGCCACUACAUGUUGGGAAGUCAGUACAGAAAAGACUCUAAAACUAUUAACAAAGAGGCUUUCUUCCACGCUAGUAGCCUCAACAUUUCCAAGAAUGGCAACGACGCAUGGGUCUUUGACAUUGAUGAGACUACUCUCUCUAACUUACCUUAUUAUGCCGAAAAUGGCUUUGGGGCGGUGCCAUACAACGCAACGAAGUUCAAUGAAUGGGUUUUCACGGGAAAUGCCCCAGCUUUGCCGGAGAGUCUUAAGCUUUACAAUAAGUUGGUUAAUUUGGGAGUUAAGAUUGUGUUUAUCACUGGUAGAACUGAAGAUCAAAGAGAUGUUACUGAGGCCAAUCUUAAAGCUGUUGGAUACAACACUUGGGACAGGCUUGUACUCAAGGGAAGUGAUUAUGUAGGGAAAACAGCAGUUGAGUACAAAUCAGCUCAAAGGAAGAAAGUGGAGGAAGAUGGAUACAGAAUUAUUGGGAACAGUGGAGAUCAAUGGAGUGAUUUGUUGGGCACAAACAUUGGCCUUAGAACCUUCAAAUUGCCUGACCCAAUGUACUACAUUGGUUAAUAUUACUUUCUCUAAUUAUUAAGAUAUCCCCACUACUAAGUAAUUUGUAAUUUGAAUAAGCUAGAGCUACAUUCUACUGUACUGGAUCUGGAUGUUGUGCAAUCUUUUUUUUCCUAUAAAUAAUAUGUAUGUUGAGAACUAUUCUACGUUUGAAUGUGGGGACAAAAUAAUUUUAAGCUUUAAAAA